ACCACGAUGACAUGGUACCGACAUAUAUAGGUCCUGGUAUAUAAAGCUUUGACAUGCUCUGGAACACUUACAAAAUUAUGAGAACACUUGGCAUUUGGUUGUACGUGGUUGUGUUCACCACUGAUCUUGGAAUGGGGGCGUUUGUCCCCCCUCACUUGACUUCUGAAUUCCUUCAGAAUCUGGGCAUUGACCCCGGAGGGCACAGACCCAUAACUCGGCCCAUCUCAUCGUAUGUGCUACAGCUUUUUCUACAGAUGGAAGAAAAACAAGAUGAUCUGCGUAUGUAUUCAGACCGUGAUCCAAAGGUGCAGUUCUAUGAUCCGGAGUCUCAAACCUCUGAUGGUCUCAUUGAAUUUGAUUUAUCGAGAGCACCAAUUGACGGAAACGUGACCAAAAUAGAGCUCGCCUUCACGGGACACACUCAUCGGCUGUUCUCUAUCCAAAUUACAUCGCCAUAUCGUCCAGGGAUCAGGGUAAAUUCCUUUCAUACAGGACAAGGACACGUGGCUGACGUCACAGAUCUGGCUAUAGAUCAGGUGGUAAAUACAACAUUAGAACUGUUUGUCUCCAUCAGUAAAUCAACUCACCAGAUAAGACAUCUUAAUCCGAUUUUGGCGAUUUUUCUGGACAUAAAUGUCUCUUUAUUGCACAGAGAUCGGCGGAAGCGAUUUGUGCCUAGUAAUAGAAAUUCUACAAUAAAUAUGGAAACAGCUGAAACGCUAAAUUACUGUCGUUUGAAGGAGUGGACAGUAGACUUUAGGGAUUUGGGAUGGUACGGAAAAUUUAUUCAACAUCCUAUAACAUACCGAGCGAAUAUCUGUGCUGGAAAUUGCCCGGUGGCUCCAAUGGAUCCGUAUUUCAACGCCACAAACCAUGUACUCGUAAAGUAUCUCCUGGAGAAGAGACUGUGUUGUUCCCCAAUAGAAUACAUGUCACAGACUUUAAUAUUCGUGACCAACAACAUGACGGCCAUGCAGACGGUUAGAGGGAUGUCGGUGUCACGUUGUGGCUGUCGUUGAACAUCAUUCAAUUGUCGAGUCAAGCAUGUAAUAUAUGUACGUAUACAUGUAUUUUUCCACGUGACUCGUUAAUUUGAAAUGAGUAUGUCUUUAUGUUGUAAAGAUCUGCUCAUAGUCAGGGCCCAUAACUCCAAAGAAACCCGCCAGAAAAUUGAAUUUGCAAAUUUUUGGACGUUUUUUUCUUGAGAAUAGACAUUGUAUUUUGCAGCUACACUCGUAUUUGAUCUUCGAGAUCUAAAGCUUUGAAGGCUAAAAACUGGAUUUUUUUGUUGAUUUUAAUUCUACCACUCAUUUGAAACUACAAUGUUUAGUGAAGCACGGAUUAUUGAUCAAGACCGAAAGAAUGCAUCUUGGUCAAAGGAAAAAGAACAAUGUAUAUUUAUAUUUUUUGUGAAUCUUCAUGAGUUUUGCAAGGCAAGGCCCAUGUAGAUAAUAACAUAUCAAGUUUUUUUUUAUCUUCAUAUUUUUGUUAUUUAUUUGCAGAGUUUGAAAUAGGAUUUGUUUUGAUUUACCUUGCGCAUUUGUUUGUCUUUACACGUAACUUCGUUGUAGGGAAUCUUUUUAUA